AGAUUCUAAGACAUUUUAUAGAUGAUGAUGAUGAUUCCGAAUUUUUACUCUAUUUCUGUCUUUUUUCCACUAUGAUAUAUUUAUAUUUUCUAUUAUUAUUAUUUUUUAUAUUACAAGAUUUUUUUUUUAUUUAAUUUAAUUUUAUAUUGAAAUUAAGUUCAAUUUCAAUUAUUUCUAAUGUUAUCUUAUUCUGCAAUCUUAUUCUGAAUUAAAUCGAUAAUGUUGAAAAUGAUACUAAAGUUAUAGAAGAGGUCUUACCAUGGGACAAAAAAUACAUUGAAUGUUAAAAUCUAUUUUAUAGUUUAUCUGUGCUUGUUAAACAGGAAGGUCAUCAUUUUAUCGGCUGAAAUAUUCAUUACGAUACAUUAGCUUAUUUGUGAUCGUGAUUCAGCAAAACAUAAGUACAUCUUAUAACUAUACGAGAAUUCUUACGGUGCAAUAUCUUAGAAGCACUUGUCGUUCCGUGUAGUCGAGAAAUUUUCGAAGAUGACUAAAGCAGUGUGUGUUCUUCAGGGUGAAGUCAAAGGCACUAUUUUUUUCGAACAACCGGAGAGUACUAAUUCUGUGAAGGUCACGGGUCAAGUAACCGGUUUAAAAAAAGGAUUGCAUGGUUUUCAUGUUCAUGAAUUCGGCGAUAACACUAAUGGUUGUACAAGUGCUGGUGCACAUUUCAAUCCUUUAGGAAAGGAUCAUGGUGGACCUGAUUCAGAUAUACGUCAUGUUGGAGAUUUGGGAAAUAUUGAAGCAGAUGCAAAUGGUAUUGCUAAUGUUAAUAUAACAGAUAAAACUAUUCAACUUCAAGGACCACAUAGUGUUAUUGGCAGAACACUUGUAGUUCAUGCUGAUCCAGAUGAUCUUGGUAAAGGUGGUGUUGAAUUAUCAAAAACUACAGGAAAUGCUGGUGCUCGUCUUGCUUGUGGUGUUAUUGGAAUUACAAAAGUCUAAAUAUAUUCUUUUAAUACAAAAUUACUAUUAUUAUUAGGAACUAUAAAAUAUAUAUCUCAAUUUAAAUAUGAGUACAUCAUUCCUAAUUUCUUGUAAUUUAAAUCUCUUAGAUAUGUAAUCUGCUUUCAAUAAAGUAAAUAUUCUAAUAUA